GGAUUAGAUUGAUCAACUGGUCUAGUUCCUGCAUCAAGAUGCUGCAUUCUGUCCAAAUAUCAACAACUAUGAACAAAUGUGAAGGAGCUGCAAACCCCUUAAAUAAAAAAAAAGCAGUUAACGCAUUGGUGUGAGCGUCUACGUCCUUUGUGGUGGAGCUGGAGAGAUCCGCUACAAAUUGGUGCCGUGGCCUUUGGACACAUCGAUCAGCGACUGCAGAUCACCGGAGUCAUCAUCACCAGUGCCUGUGAAACGAACUCGGUUGGGGUGCAGCUGUCUACAUCGGAUCACCAACGUUACCAGCACCUGUGGAGUGAACUCUGGGGGGCGUGGUAGGCAGUGCAGUGUGAAGCUGCCGCAAUUUGCAUACGCAACUCAGACAUAUAGAAAGUGUUAGAAUUAGUACACAACGCAGACCUAGGAAAAUUAUCAUAGCUUUCAUACAGUAGAGUUAUAUAAAUACAUUUAGUUUAGAUAUACAACACUAAAUAGCACUAUAUAGGCCUAAGCUACACCAUGUCACAUUCUGAUGCUAAAGCUGUAAAUGCAAUCCCUGAUAAUGUGGUUAAUAUUGAGGGUGAUUUGUCAUGUUCACCUGGGUUUACCACUGGAGUAGGGCAGGAUUCUCAGUUGAAUAGCAUGAUAGGGCAUGGUGCUUCCAUUGUAGGUCCAGCAGGAUAUAAUACAAAUGGACUAGGUCCGAGCAGUAACAUCCCAAUUAGUGAAAGUGAACGCAGGGUAGGCCCAGCAGGAGAUAAUACAGACGGACUAGGUCCAAGCAGUAACAUCUCAGUAAGUAACAUCCCAGUAAGUGGAAGUGAACCCAGCGCUUUAGGAUAUGAACAGGUCAACCAGUGGCAAGUAAUGACAGAGUUAGUGAGACAAAUGGGUUGUCAGAUAGGUGACCAGAUUGCAGCCAGCCUGUCUUCGUCAAGACAAGAUACGCCAAGAACAGAUAACACACAGUGCUCAGCUCCUGACUGGUCAAAAAUGACAUCAAAGAACCUUCAACCUUCAGAGGAGAUAGCUCAGACCGAUACACUGCUAGAGAAUGGCAAGAGUCAAUGCAAGUUUACCUAAAUAAGAAGGGCUACAGUACAGCAGAGCAGGGCCAAGAAAUCCAUGACAAACUAAUGGAUCGUGCCAGAGAUGUAGUAAGAACUUGCAUCCGUAACAACCCCUUGAUUAACAUUCAAAGAGACCCACAAGUCAUCUUCUCUAUUCUCAGACAACAUUUUGGGGAAGCAAUAUCAUCCACUACACCAAUGAGAGAUUUUUAUGAAACACUACAUAAACAAUCAGAGAGAAGCUUGGAUUAUUGGAUCAGACUCAACAAGGCCAUUGAUCUGGCAGAUGAAUCUUUGCAAAGACAAGGGAGGAGAGUAGAGGACGCUAGUCAUGAAGUGACAAUGAUGUUCAUAAGGCAUUGUCCGGAGCCUGGUCUGUACACAGCCUUCAGGAGUAAGCCAUUAGAGGGGUGGAGUGCUACAGAAGUCCAGGCAUUGAUAGAGAGCCACCACAAAGACAGACAGUCAGCCAGAAUGGACAGAGCAAUGCCAAAUCUGAUGAAUGGACCCCUGAUAUGUGUUGCAUGACCCAACAGCAGGCCAAAAACAGCAACCAGUUGAAUGGAUUUGACCCAGGGUUGCUUGGGAAGGCAGUAUCCCUCCUAGAGCAGAUGCUCAGUGCGCAGCAUUUAUCUCCUGUUAGAACUAGAACCUUUUCUCCCACUCCCACACCUGUUGCCGGGUCCACAGGCCCAUGUAGAAUAUGCCAAGCCCCUGAUCAUUCCACAAAGGCACACUGUUUUAAAGAGGGAUUGUGUUUUAAGUGCCACAAGGCAGGACACAGAGGUUUUGAGAAAGCCAGCAAGACAGAGUACAAGGCCCACCGUAACAGGUUUAGAACCCGCUUUAAACUAGACAGCCCACACAGAGAAGGGGGCAGUGUGGGCAUCAGAAAUGCAGAAAACCCCCCUAAUGACUCAGUCAGAGUGUUGGUUACCUCUACUGAUUACUCUCAACAAGGAACAGAUAGCCUGAGUGAAGAAAGCAAUAGCAAACCAAGUGUAUACAGGAUAAGACCCUUAAAUCCAACUUCAGUGCCACAUUAUGAGAGAAUCAAUGAUGAAGAUGACCUCUUUUAUACACCAGUGAUGAUUGAAGGGAACGUUGAACUUUUAGCCCUUGUGGACAGUGGUUCUGUAACAUGCACUCUUAGUGAAGCCGCCGAACAAAUACUAAGGGACAAUAACCUAAUUAAUGACCUGUCAUGUAAACCAACAAAGAAAAUGCUCACUGGCUGUGGUGGAAAUCAGGCAAGGGCUAAGUGUGAAUAUGAAUUAAAUGUUGACAUGCUCGAUUGCAGAAUGACAGUAAACUUUCUUGUGGUGCCUGGGCAGGAAGACGACAUGAUUGUAGGCUCCAAUGUCAUAAGAUAUGUAACUCAGCUGGUGAAGAAAACCAAUUGGUAUUGGGACAAGUUGUCUAAACCUGUGGAGAAUAGAGGCAAUGACCCCCUACUAAAUAUGCUGUCAAAUGUUGAGCGCUGGCAUGGCAAAAAGAUCCCUGACAGAACUCAUAUCACCGACCUCGCCAGACUGUCCGACAACGUCUGA